AUGGCCUCGUCUCUAGAUUGGGCGACUGCGGUCCAUGUGGUGGAUGGACAGCAACAAGAACAUGUGUCUUUUCCGUCCUUCGUCAAGGAAUUCGGAAUCCGUGAUAUGGAUGAUGCAACAUCGUCGUACAAGGAGCUACUCGAAUCGCCGCGCAUCAAGUCGAAUCGACGGGAGCGACUCAAGGCGGACUUUGCCGACUUUGUCCGACGGCGUUUGCCUGUCUUUUGGUCGCAAUGGGAGAAGGGGGUUGAGAUGGAGACCAUGCAGCUCGAGCUGGAGCACAGCGCCGCGAUCGUUGCCAAAAAGACUGCAGUAGUGGCAUCACUUCAGGAUUCGUCUAUGCUCUCUGGCAUUCUGCAGGCUCAACAGAUUUCGAGAGACGCCAGCCAUUCAACCAAGGUUCCUGCAACAACUAUUCAUCCAGGGAACGAGAGUGAUUCAGCAACAGAUCUAUACAUUGCUGAGUCGUCGCGAGCCAAAGCGACGCCUUUCUACGAGCUGAUUGCGUUCGUCUUCAAGAAGGCCAAGGGGAAGCCUGCGACACUUCCUCAUGCAGUUCCACGCGGGCUGUCCAAGAACCACGAGGAGCUCUACCGCGCUGCAUUGGCCCGGCUGCGUGCCUCAGGGUCAUGUUGCUACCCAGUUAUCGCCGAAGGCCAAGGUCGUGUGCUCGACUUCUACACCAUUCGCCGUUAUGAGGAUGUGCUCGGGGCAGGCUGGUCGGCUGAAAAGUGCGUCGCGCUGCCACCACAGGUUGGCCAGUUGAAGUCGUUUCUGAUGUCGGAUAAUCUCUUGACGCUGAUUGCUUUUAAGGAACAUAUGCGCAAAUUUGCAAUUGACGUGACGGAUGCGCUGGGCAUGUCGCCCAGGAGUCACGUCGCCCCGGACGGCGAUCGAGAGCUGUUGUCAGCGUCGUUUGAUUCUUCAACGCCUUCAUCUGUUUUGCACCCACGGCGCGACUCGUCCCCUUCUGAUCCAGCACCAUCUUUUUUGCACCCACGGCGCGACUCGUCCCCUUCUGAUCCAGCACCAUAUGUCUUGUCCGCACGACCCUGUGCACCCCUGUCUGGUCCAGCGCGUCUUCCCGCUCACAGAGUGCGGUCCAGCACCCCUCCACGACGGAAGAGGCUGAAGCCUUUCGUAGUCUUUUCUCCGUCCAAGAAAGACAAGCUCAACGGUGGUGGCGCUGCCGGCGACCACGCGGGCAGUUAUGACAACGACGACGAUACAGACAAGUAG